AUGCUAGACAGGAUACAUGAAGGGCACCAGGGAGUCGUUCGUUGCCGAGCAAGAGCGAAAGACUCUGUUUGGUGGCCAGGUGUUAGUGCAGCGAUCAAACAAGGCGUCACGAACUGUCAGCAGACCGCGUUGAACAACAGCCAACCUCGCGAGCCGAUGAUUCCGUCGGUGACCCCGGAGCUUCCAUGGAACAAAGUAGGAGCUGAUUUAUUCUACCUGAAUGGUUCUAACUAUCUGCUGUUGGUGGACUAUUAUUCGCGAUACCCUGAAGUUCUGCGGCUUUUAUCAACGUCAGCAAAAGCUGUAAUUCAGCGCAUGAAAGAAAUAUUUGCCCGCUACGGCAUACCACAAGAGGUGUACUCGGACAGUGGUCCUCAAUUCAAGUGUGACGAAUUCUUUCAGUUCUCCAGGGACUAUGGAUUCCGCCAUACAACAAGCAGUUCGAAGUACCCUCAGUCGAACGGCGAAAGUGAAAUAAUGGUGAAGACUGUCAAAAGCCUACUCAACAAGGCGUCCGACCCAUAUCUAAGCCUGCUCAGCUAUCUGACUACACCAGGACCGUCCGGCCUGAGCCCUGCGCAAUUACUGAUGGGCCGGCGAAUUCGGAGUCGGGUUCCAAUGGCUUCUUCUCUUCUUCGUCCUGGGAAGGUGAAUCUUCGCAAGUGGGCCAGAAAAGAUCGCAGACAGAAAGCCCAGCAGAAAAAGAACUGCGAUGAGCGUCAUUUGGUACGGUCUCUACCUCCUCUUGCUGCAGGACAGCAGGUCUGGAUUCCUGAGAUGAAGACAAAGGGGCGAGUGGUCGGGAAAACAGCAGAACCACGUUCAUACACGGUGGAAACUCCUCGAGGUACUCUCCGACGCAACAGACGUCAGCUCAUCGCCAUUCCACCUACACCCUCCGAAAACCAGACGUGGAAGUCACCGACCAUCCCGUCUCCUUCACCAGUACCUGCAGAAUUCAAGACUGCCAUCACAGGCACCGGGGACUCCGUCGAACACGGUGAAGUGACCCAGCCAACUGAGUCCGGCCAGCCUUCGCAGACUCAACAAGGAAACACGGACAUUACGCCAACAUCGAACGUGAAAGUGUCACGCUAUGGACGGCGAAUUAAGCCACCUCGGCGGUUCCCCGAAAUCUGA